AUGAUGGUGAUCCAUACGGUUCAUCAAGUAAUCGGGCCCUUUGUCGAGAAUUUGGUCCGUAAAGUUGUCAAAGAGGAAAUUCAAUCGAUUGAGAAGAAAUUUUUGUCUUGUAUUAAUGCAAGUAACCAUGCAAGCGAGACGGCUAGGCCAAGGGAAAGAAGUUUACGACUUAAGUUCUUAGACGAGAUAUCGGGUCCCAUUCUAACCGGGAAGGCAAUCCUAGGAAAAACUGGCACUCAUGUUCGAGUAGCCAUUGUGGAUAACACAAACGAGCAGAUUGUAAGUUGUGGGCCCGAAUCAUCGGCAAAGGUGGAGAUAUUAGUUCUUGACGCGAGUGAUGAUGUCAUUAACGAUUAUUCUCCAAGUCAUGAGGACUUUAACAAAAAUAUUAUUAGAGAGGAUGAUAAGAAAAGGCCACACUUUCCGAAAAGUUACUAUAUAUAUCUCGAUAAAGGUUUAGGCAUUUUGCUCAAUGCCAAAUUCGGACACGACUCGAGCUGGAUGAAAAGCUGCAGCUGCAGGCUCGGAGCAAGAGUCGUAGGGAAUCUCAGAGGUGUUGAAGUCAAAGAGGGAUUGACCGAGUCUUUUUCGGUCUUGGAUAGCCGCAGCAAAUUAUAUGGGAAUCACUACCCACCGUCUCUUUCGGAUCACGUGUGGCGAUUGGAGAACAUUAGAAAAGAUGGUCCGCGCUGCAAGCUUUUGAACGAGAAAUUAAAAGUAUUCACCGUGGGAGAUUUUUUGUUUUUGCUGUCUAUUGAUCCUCAGAGGCUCCAGAAAAUAAUCGAUUGUGGUGCAAAAUGGAAUGCCACAGUAGAUCAUGCUCGAACAUGCGUCGUUGAAGAUAAAAAGAUUUACCUAUAUUACCCUUCAUCGGGAAGUAAAAUGGGAGUGGCCUUUGAUGUUGUGGGAGGACUAAAAGGGUUAAUCCACGACUCGAGCUAUGUUCCGGUCGAGAGCUUGUCGGCUGAUGAAAAGGAUCGAGCGCACGAUCUGCUGCUCUCUGCAUUCGAGAAUCGGAAGAACGCCGCCCACUUCACUGACGAAAAUACCCUUCAACGUCAAUUUCCAUCUAAAACGAGCUCGUCUGUCCAAGAGGAACCGAGUGGCUCAUAUCUCAUCAUCUCCGAAAAUAUCGACGGUCAAGAUGCUACGGAGCUUUGGCCAUCAUCAACGGACAUUGUGAAUCCGCACAAUGAGUCAUCAUCAGCUGAACAAAUAUACGACCCUAAUUACUCGUUUCUCCUCAACUAUGAUAUGCCGAGUCCCGGGCAGUAUUCUGAUUUCAACCUCUUUUUACAGCAUUUUGGUGAAGAGCACGAGGCUCGAAUGUCGCAUUGUUAUCCUGAGAGACUAAAUAACACGAGCCUUGAGUUGCAUUGUCAUCGACGGGAGAGUAAUAUUGCGGCUAUUAUUUGUGUGAUUCGUGCGAGUAUGAGAUUCAUGGCUUCGGGAGGCCUUCAUGUCCACAAAAGGCGAAGGGUUUAG